AGCAUUCAUUAGCGAUUGGCUGAAUACACAUGCAGUGUAUAUUACCUAAAAUAUCAAAGGUUUCCGAAAAUUUUUAACCGAAAUCUUGUUUAUUUUGAUGAAUUUAAUGAUAAGAAGUUUUAUUACCCAUGCGAAUAGUUUUUGUAUUUUUUUCUGUGAAUUGAUUGUUAUUAAUCCAGUCAAGUAAUUAGUGAUAAUAUGGUGGAUAUUUCUAAAAAUAAGAAAUAUAAAUGGCUCAAAGUACAGGUGGAACUUCUUCUCGACGUAUAAUCCGAGACCAUGAAACAUCAUCAAUUUCAUCAAGAUAUGCAGAUACAGAAUGGGAAGCAAAAGAAGCUCUACGACAACGUGAGCUAGAAGAAGCAAGGGCUAGAGCUGCACAAAUGGAGAAAACUAUGAGAUGGUGGUCUGAUUGUACAGCAAACUGGAGAGAAAAGUGGAGUAAAGUUCGUAAUGAGAGAAAUAAAGCAAGAGAAGAAGCAAAACUUUUACGGACGAAAUUAGAAGCUGCUUUAAAAGAUGGUAAUUGUUAUAUCAGAGAAAAACAAGAAAUGGAGUUUCAAAAUGAGCAAUUAAAAAAAGAAAUUGAAAAGAUACAUUUACUUUUAUUAAAACAUGCUGGACAGUUUGAAAGUCAAAUAUUAGAAGCUUUAGGAGAUGAUCCUUUGAAAGACUUUAAUUUCAGUAUUAAUCAUGAGCAAACCACUGUUAAAGAAAAAGAGAUUCAAGAUAGUUCUAAUAUUACAACACAGCAGGAAUGUGAUAGUACAGCUACAUCUCUAUUAUGUAUAGAGAAAGAUUCAUGUAUAGAAGAGUAUAUUUUACAAGGAGCAGUGCCUAAAUAUAUUUCUGAGCCCAAAGAAGAUGAAGUUACUGAUUUUGAUAAUUUGCCUAAUAAAGCAUGUGACGAGAAAGAUGAUAAUGAGGAAGAUUGUUGGUCUCAAAAAGUUUCUAUGCUACAACUUAAGUUAGAAGAAACCACUAAAACUUUACAGGUAGAAAGAGAAGAAAAAUCACAACUCCUUCGAAAUGUAGAAAAAUUAUCAAAUGAAUUGCAAGAAAUGAAAGAAAAAUGCGAAGAAUUGAGACAGUCUAGACAAGAUGCCGUCAGAGAAUUGUUAUCUCUUCAGGAUCAGCAUCAAGAAGAAAUUAUAUUAAUUAAAGCAGAUCUACAAGAAGAAGCAGCAUCACGAGGAGGAAUGGAUAGAAGGAUAAAUGAUUUAAGAUCUGAGCUAGAACGGUUGCAGGCAGAAAAUGCUUCUGAAUGGGGCAAGAGAGAACGACUUGAGACUGACAAAUUAUCGUUAGAGCGAGAAAAUAAAAAACUUCGGGCUGAAUUGCGAGAAAUUCAGGAAAGGUUGGAGAAAAAAGAAAGACCAUUGUCAAAUUCUGACGCAGAAUUUCGACAAAUACAGCAAGAAUUAUCUGAUAAAAAUAAAGUGAGUAGUAUGCAAUAAGUAGGCUGUGGUCAGAUAGGGAUAUGAACUGCCCCUCCCCUCCCGAGUUGUA